AUGUCGUACACCCCCGGCACCGCGUCCACGGAGCUCGCGCCGUCGGACGAGUCCGCGGCGCUCGCGCCCGGGGCGUCCGCGUCCGACGCUGAUUCCGACUCGAGCGCCGACGCCGCCGCGACGCCCGCGCUCGGGAUGUACUGGACCCCCGCGCUGCUCGGCGACGCCGACGCGGACGCCGCGGCCGCGGAUCCCGCGGCGACGUCCGCGACCGAAGACGCGGCCGCGAAAGCCGCCGCGAAAGCGAAACGCGAUGCUGCGAAGAAGAAGUUUGAGUCCGAGUCCGGGAUUAAGAUUCUCGAUCCGGUCGUGGACGUGCGUGCGUACCUCAAGAUUAACGGCACGAUGCCCGCGGGGUCGCCGCCGAUGCUCGACCUCGAACUCGCCGGGAGGUUCGCGCCAUCGCGCGUGGAACCGCUGAAAGCGCACGGCAACGGCACGAUCCGUUUCCCCGGCGCCGCGGAGGGCGACUCCCCCGCGGAGUUAAACGUGAAGAUCAACGCGGUGAUGUACGGCGCGCACAUCCCGACCGCGGUGAGUGACGGCAAGGUGAUUGAAAUCUCCGCGUCGUUGGACAGCGGCGGCGGGAUGAUCUACGGGUUCACGAUUAAGACGCUCCAGGUCCUCGCGACGUUCAAGAAAGCGAAAUCAUCGCUCGAGACUGGGAACCUCAUCGAAGGCGACGCGCAGAGCUUGGUCGAGGACGACGGCACGGCCGGCAUUACGUCGGAUGAUGAGAAGGCGCCGACGCCGAGCAAUGUCGUUGCCUCCGGGGCAAAGAAACCGAUCGCGUCCGGCGGCUCCGAAGCCACGUUCCCCGCGCUGUCGUUCGACAUGAAGGACACCGAGGGCGUCGUGGACGUGUAUGCAGAUGUCGCGCUCGACGCGACGCAGCUCGCGAACAGCAUCGGAAGCAUGCCGGACGGUCUCGACGCGAGCGCGAGGAUCAUCUGGAAGGGCAGGAUGGAAAAAGGCGCGACGGUGGACGCGGCGUGGAAAGUAGUGGAGUCGAACAUCACGGUCAGCGCCGCGAUUUCGUACGAAAACGACGUCAUGGACAUGCAACUUAGAGGGUCCGGGUCGACGGCGUGCGAUAAGUCCCCGACGGCGAAUCCGUGGGAUCUCUCCGGGAGCAUUCACGUCAAGCCGCUGGAUUUAGAGCUCCUCCUCGCGGCGACGUACGCGUGCUCAACGCGGGACCUUCACGCGACAGUGAACGUGACGACGAUGUCUGUCGCGCUCGGCGGCGACAUGAGCUUUAACGUUCGUAACGUCGAGCUCGACCUGCAGGCGCGGAUCAUCCAGUUCCCUGGGGAAAAGAAGGACGCGGCCACUGGCGCGACGGUCGCAGCUUUGGGCCAGGUCGCCGCCGCUGCCGCCGCGGAGGGCGGCGGCAAAGAAAACGCGGAGAUCGACUGGACGCUCACCGCGUCUGGGGAGAUGUCGUUCGUGAAGGGCGCCGCGGGCGCGCCGAACAUCGACGUGCGGGCUUUGAUUCACGUCGUGAUGUCGAACAUCGGAGAGAAGAAGCCCGGCGACGGCGCGAGCGCGACGCCCGCGGACGCCGCGCUCGGCGCCGCGGCGGAGGCGAUGUCGGACGAGAAAAACGCCACGAAACCGUCGUGGCUGCGCGAAGCCUCCGUGGACGUGUUCUUUGACUACAGCAUGAACGGAAUAGAUGUAUCCGCGACGGCGUCGUACGCGUACCCGUGCACGACGCACGCGACUGGGAACGCGACUUUGACUUUCGACAAAGACCAGACCGGAAUCGACACCGGCCCGAUCGAGGCGUUCUUGAACGUGUCGUGCACGAACUCCACGACCGAGCCGUUCGUGUCCAUCCUCGGCAAGGUGCACCAGUUACGAAUCACGGACGCGACUGUGAUCGAGGACAUCACGGUUGAAGUGAAAGGGUGGUACGUUGAAGGCGGCCAGAAACGGUGGUACGUUCACUUACACACCGGCACCGGGGACCAGAUUACCGUCGACCUGAGCAACGUCGAGGCGGAGAACGACGCGAAGAUGGAGAAGCAAGCCGCGAUCGCGGCGGCGCCGAAAUCGUCCAUCUCCGAAGACGAAGCCGAAGCCGAAGAGCAGACGCUCGCGGUGAGCGACGAUGACGUCGACGACGUCGCGGAGCUCGGCGACGACGAGGACGACGACGACGAAGCCGCGGAGAUGGACGCAGCGAACGCGGCUGCCCCGCCCGCGGAGUCCCCACUCGCGUUCGACGCGGACAUGAAGAUGGACAUCCUCACCGCGAAGCCCGGGAAAAAACACGCGAAGACGGAGGUCAACGUCACCGCGACCGCGAAGAUGAUGUACCAGAACAAAAACAUCAAAGUGGACGUCGUCGGGUCCCUACGAUUAGGCAAGUGCCCCGCGGACGGCACCCCGCGCAUGAACCUCGCCGGUACCGUGGACUUGGUCCUCGGGAAGGGAGGCGCGAUGCCGCUGUACGCAAAAGCCGUCGUCGAGUGCGUCGACGCGAAGGACAAAGCUGCGGGGA